AUGAAAGAAAAAAGUAUGCCGGUCUCCUGUAAAGACGCUCCUGAAGGAAUGACGUGCCGCUGCUGGUUGUGUUCCGCUCGAGUGCCGUUACUUGUCCGUGCCGCGGCACAAUCCAACGCCAUAAGUACAGUAGAUUGCGCGUGUAGUCGUUCGUACGGAGAAUUCGCUGACGACUGUACGCCGGUCGCGACGGUACUUUCAGCGGCAAAAACCGUGGAGGCGCGGCGGGCGUCCGAGCACGCAUCUAGCGCGUGUAUAUCCCCCCCCCCCCCUUCCUCCGACCCGCAACCCUCGCCGCUCCUCUCCGUCACUCCCCCCCUCCUCUAUAUUUACCGAGGAGGACGGCGGCGGGCGUUUCGCAGUCGCUUCAGGGCCUCGCCUCGCCUCGUCCGCCCG